AAGUUUGGAAAACAAAGUCAAGUAUGGAGGUUUCCCGCGAUUAAUUAGGACAUUUAUGCUCCUUUGUGUGGUUCACUAAGAUGCACAACAGAUUUUUGUUUGUGUAAAUAUCAAAGAAAAAGUCUUCUUGGAGAAAAUGGCUCAAAACGGUGCAAGUACCUUCGCGAAUGGCGGUAGGAAACCCUCUAACAAACCAAGAUCCGAUGCAUUUUCUUUGCCAGGGAUUGACGAAAAUGAGCUUCGCGCUCGUAUUUAUGCAAAACCACAAUUAAAACCAAAUCCAAAGGCUCUUAGAUUCAGUGGUCCGACCCCGGUGCAGCUCAAAAAGAAUAUACCAACAGCACCAAGACUUGAGCCCUUGCCAAACCUUGCUAGAUAUCAAGAAAGGCAAAAGAGUCUUCCCUAUACUCCUACUUCAGGGAAGACAAAAACCCCAACACCACCCUCCUCUUCUGAACCAGAAAAGAAGAAGGCAUGCCGAAGGGAUGUGGUAGAACCUCUUGAGCGAGUAACAUCUCCAUUACCAAGCCUACCAGAUGAUCUAAAGAAUAAACAAGACAAAAUUGACUCAGUAGCUCAAGUUAAUGCUAGGGCCCCUCAAAGGAAGGGUUCACCAAAGCAAAAAACAAAUGGUCAUGCUUUUGCAAAUGGAGGAGCUGUAGUGGAGAAGACUGAUGUUAUACCUGAGGGAUUGAGAGAUCCACUUCAGAUCAUCAGUUUGAUCAAGGAGAACUCUAAACUGGGGUUUCUUUACAUGACACCUGCUGUUGAUAGGUCAUCAAUAGAAUACAACCCAUACAACCUUAAAAUUGUAAAGCAUUCAGAAAUUGACCAUUCAGAUUACUACACCAUAAGUUUUGAGGGAGUAACUCACACUUGUGACAAUGAAGCAGAGUUUACUGGUCUUGAACGCUGGGAGAAGGAAUACAAGGACUACAAAAGACUUGUCAAAAUUCCAACAUUUGCUAACUUUAGGAUGUGGAAGGCAUUUGUCGUCUGGAGAAAGAAUGUCAAGACAAAAAAAGUGACCCAGUGUAAAAAUCAACUACAAGAGAAUCUCUUCAUUGUAAAUGCUUCAUUACGCCCAGCUUUGUUGAAUGUGCGAGAGAUGUGUUACCGCAUCAGUGACAUGGGCCUGUGCAGAGUGGAGAAAGGGCACACUUACACAUUGGAUGAGUUCAGGAAUGCUCAGUUUGAGCAGCUUGAAGAAGUGGCUGGAAGAUUAGCAGAGUUCCGUGACCUUGUCAAAGAAGUUGUCAGAAGUGCAUGUCGAACAGCUCUGCUAGAGGCUGGAUUCACACCUGAUGAUUAUUUCAUGGACAUGGAAAGUCCUAUGGGCAUGUAUGCAGAUGAAUAUGGAGGCCCUGCACAUUCAAUGUCCUCCUAUCUUAUGCCAAGUGGGUAUGAGAUGGAUAUGUAUGGUGAUGCACCCGACAAGAUGACUUACACAGAGCAGGCUAACAAACGAAGCCACUGUAAAAGACUUACAAGCUUUAUCCGGCUUGCUGACUACCUCAUUGUGAAUACCAUGCAUGUCCUAGCAGCAAACUCUGUAGCAACUCUGCUAAACUAUUUGGAGGAACAACUACAGCACACACCCACCCCUGCGCAAAUCCAGGGAACAAGUGAAGAAAUGGAGCAAGAAGAAGAGAAACCAGAAGGGGAGGGUAUAGAGCAAAAGGAUGAACAAGGGGAACUCCAUCCAUUGUACACCACAGAGCUGCUUCUUGAGCCUCAAAUGCUGCUUUUCUCCCCUGGAUUAGAUGACUUUCAGGAUGGACUAGGGGAAGUCAUAAAAAAGUUUCAAGAUGCUGUCCUAAGUGUUCAAAACCUGGUGCCAGACCAAUAUUUUGAUGCUUUUACGCAACCUUUCAUCAAUGGUAAAGUUGAGGAGAAAACAGCUGGUGAUGGUCCUAGUCUGGCUACCAUGUUUGAGGAUGAUAGACAUCUUCAGGGAAUUAUACAGAGUAUCAAGGAUGCAAUUUCCUCAGCAUUUGACUCUGCAUGGCAGUAUGCCAAUACAUUUGAACCUUAUCGCCAGUUUUACCAAGAGAAUGAGAGUUUGGAUCUUGAAGGAAUUAGACAAGAAGAGCAUGAUGUUCACUUCUUCUCAAACUCACUGGACAAAUACAAUAGUGAACAUGAACAAGCAGUCAGCAUUUUGGAACACAGACCAAUUGGCAUGAUCCUUGUUGAUUGUAAGAAGUUGAAAGAAGUCCUUAUUCCAUCACCACUGAAAUGUUUAGAGGUGAUAAAUGAUAUAUUGCCUAAGUUGGCCAAGAUGCGAACAGAUACAUUGAUGGAAUUCUGUCAAGAUGCUCAGUUUAAACUAGAAGCUGUGCCAAGUAGCACCACAGAAUAUGUUGAAAGCCUUUCAUUUCUUGAUACCAUUCAAGAGAAGGUUGAUGAUAUUGAAAGAGAUGCUACUGUUGUAAAAGAGCUGUAUGACUUGAUUGAGACAUACAAAGUACCAACGCCACCUGAGGAUCUUGCUGUGUACCAGACUCUGAGGCCCACAGUUACAGCGGUUCGUAAUGUAAUUGACAAAUCAUUAGCUGAGAGGGAUGCCAAUAUUGACAAGAUGUGUACACAUAUUGACAAAGAUAUCGUGGUACUGGGUAAGGAGGUGAAAGAAGUGAAGCAAAAAGCACAGGACCCCAAGAUUUUGGAUUCCAGUUCACAGUCACAGGACAUUAUCCACUACCUUGAAGUUCUCAUAGAGAAAAUGGAUAGCCUCAACAACCUGGCACUCACAUACAAAUCACACCAGAAGAACUUCAAGGUUGAGGUGGCCAAGUUCGAAGAACUUGAAGAAGUUCAUGCAGAGCUCAAGCUCAAACAGGCAUUGUGGAACUCACUUGUGGAAUGGGAUGUUGUCACUGAUGAAUGGCUUGAGCUUCCUUUUGAAGAGCUCAACCCAGAAACUCUGAGCAACCAAGUGAUGAAGUAUGCCAAGACAGUUAUGCAAUUGGAGAAAGGUUUGCCUCCCAACUCAGUGGUGCCAAUACUGAAAGAUAAAGUGGAAGGGAUGAGGCAUAAGUUACCAGUAAUAACCAACCUGCGUAACCCAGCUCUGAAACCUCGCCACUGGGAGCACAUUCAACAGAUCUUUGGUUACCACUUUACUGAGGAAGAACCACUUACUCUGGGAUUACUCAACAAGAUUGAUGCAUUUGAUCAUACAGAAGCUAUUGAAGAAGUCUCCGGGCAGGCGUCUAGUGAAGCAUCACUUGAGGGAAUCCUCAAAAAGGUUGAAGAUUCAUGGAAGCAAACAGAAUUCAUUGUGUUACCCCACCGUGACUCCAAAGAUGUUUUUAUCUUGGGUGGAAUCGAUGAUAUUCAGGCUCUGCUUGAUGACAGCAUGAUAAAUAUAUCCACUAUUGCUGGUUCUCGACAUGUUGGCCCAAUCAGACCAAGAGUGGAUGACUGGCAAAGGCAACUUCACCUCUUUAGUGAAACACUGGAUGAGUGGAUGACUUGUCAGCGUAACUGGUUAUACCUUGAGAGCAUUUUUAGCGCUCCAGAUAUCCAGCGUCAGCUACCAGCUGAAGCCAAAAUGUUUCUGACAGUUGACAAGUCAUGGAAGGAAGUCAUGAGAAAAGUCCACAGGCUUCCCAACGCUCUCAGAGCAGCCACCCAACCAGGACUGCUCGAGAUAUUCCAGAAUAACAAUGCCCUUUUAGAUCAAAUUCAGAAGUGCCUUGAGGCCUACCUGGAGUCCAAGUGUGUUAUCUUUCCAAGGUUCUAUUUCCUUUCAAAUGACGAGUUAUUGGAAAUCUUAUCACAGACGCGUAAUCCGCAUGCUGUUCAGCCUCACUUGCAAAAGUGUUUCGAUGCCAUUUCAAAACUUGAGUUUGGCAGUGCUGCUCAGCCACCUCCCACACCAUCAGCAGCUGAAAAACCAGUCACACCAACAGGAGAGAGACCCGCCUCAGCUGGUAAGGCUGCUGAAACAAAGACCAAUGAUAUCCUUGCAAUGAUCUCACCUGAAGGAGAAAGAGUUGGUCUUACAAAGGGUUUGAAGGCUCGUGGUAAUGUGGAAGACUGGCUUGGUAAGGUUGAAGAGUCUAUGGUUUCUUCACUCAGAAAACUAGCCAAAGCGUCCAUAGCUGACUAUGAGAGCAGACCGAGAGAAGAAUGGGUUACACUACAUCCUAGUCAGGUUGUUCUGACCGUUUCUCAGACCAUGUGGUGUCGUGACAUCACGGAAUGUUUGGUUACAGAAGGUGACAGGCUAGAGGCCAUGAAGGAAGCAGAACAGAUGUGUGUCACUAAUUUGAACAAGCUUGCUGCACUGGUUCGUGGAGAGCUUCCAAAACUGACCAGGAACAUUCUGUGUGCUUUGAUCACUAUUGAUGUGCAUGCAAGGGAUAUAGUCACAGGAAUGGUGGAACAUCAGGUUGAUAAUGUGAACAGUUUUGAAUGGGUAAAACAGUUACGUUACUACUGGGAUCCAGACCUGGACAACUGUGUUGUACGCAUGUCCAACUCCUUGUACAUCUAUGGUUAUGAGUACCUUGGUGCCUCACCUCGCCUGGUCAUCACACCACUUACAGAUCGGUGCUACUUGUGUUUGAUGGGAGCACUACAGCUUGACUUGGGAGGAGCACCCGCAGGGCCUGCCGGGACAGGAAAAACAGAAACUACUAAGGACUUAGCCAAGGCCCUUGCUAAACAAUGCGUGGUGUUCAACUGCUCUGAAGGAUUGGACUUUAAGAUGAUGGGACGGUUCUUCUCUGGCUUGGCUCAGUCAGGAGCCUGGUGUUGUUUUGAUGAGUUUAACAGAAUUGACAUCGAAGUGUUGUCUGUUAUUGCUCAGCAACUUCUCACCAUAAGAAACGCCAAAGUGGCUAAGGCUUCCCGUUUCAUGUUUGAGGGGCGUGAAAUCAAACUUAUUCCAAGCUGUGCGGCAUUCAUCACAAUGAACCCUGGAUAUGCUGGUCGAACAGAAUUACCAGAUAACUUAAAAGCUUUGUUCAGACCGAUGGCUAUGAUGGUGCCAGACUAUGCCUUGAUUGCGGAAGUGAUUCUGUAUUCCGAAGGCUUUGAAUCCUCUAAAAACUUGGCUCGUAAGAUGGUGCAGAUGUACCGACUGUGCAGUGAACAGCUUUCUCAACAAGAUCAUUAUGACUUUGGUAUGAGAGCUGUCAAAUCUGUGCUUGUCAUGGCCGGAGCGCUGAAGAGAGGAAAUCCUAAUCUGAAUGAAGAUAUCGUGCUGAUCAGAGCUCUUAGGGACAGCAACUUGCCCAAAUUUCUCAAGCAGGACGCCGAGCUCUUCAGAGCCAUCCUAUCAGAUCUUUUCCCCGGUAAAGAAAUUCCAGAUCACGACUAUGGCAAGCUACAAGCCACUAUAGAGGAAUGCUUGCUCAAGAAAGGUUGUCAGGUUGUUCCUUCAAUGGUGAAAAAGACGAUCCAGUUGUACGAGACAAUGAUUGUUCGGCACGGUGUGAUGACUGUAGGACCCACUGGAGGAGGAAAGACAACGAGUUAUGAGGUUCUCAAAGACACUCUGACAACGUUACACGAGGAAGGAGACGACAAUCCUUAUUACCAAAAAGUUCGCACAUACGUGCUGAAUCCCAAGGCUGUUAGCAUGGGAGAACUGUAUGGGGAAAUUAACAAGCUUACGAUGGAGUGGAGAGACGGACUCAUGGCCGUCACUGUUAGAGUUUGUGUUCAGGACACUACUGAGGAUCACAAGUGGAUUGUCUGCGAUGGUCCUGUGGACGCUCUAUGGAUCGAAAACAUGAACACUGUUUUGGAUGACAACAAGAUGCUUUGCUUGGCUAACAGUGAGAGAAUAAAGCUCAACAACACCAUGCACAUGUUGUUUGAGGUGCAGGAUCUUGCUGUUGCAUCCCCAGCUACAGUCAGCAGGUGUGGUAUGGUGUAUAUGGACCCUUAUGAAUUGGGCUGGAGGCCUUACGUCAAGUCCUGGAUGCAAAGAACGUGUACAAAGAUGAAAGACGAAACAAAGGAGUAUCUGAUGAAUUUGUUUGAGAAUUACGUGGAUAACGGACUCAACUUUGCAAGGAAGAAAUGUGUACAAGCCAUGCAGCAGGUGGACAUAAAUAAAGUGACAACUAUGUGCUGCCUUCUGGAGAGCUUUUUCUUCCCAGAGAAAGGAGGCCCAGAUUUUAACAUGGACGCCAACAAGUUGCACUCCCUUAUUUGCACCGCCUUCCUCUUCUCUUUCCUGUGGAGUAUUGGGGGCAACUUAGUAGAGUCUUCUAUGGACGCUUUUGAUACGUUUUCGAGGGAUUUAUUCUCAGAUACACAGGAUGUGAAGCUUCCCGGUUCAGGUGAUCUGUUCAGUUACUUUGUGGAUUUUGACACACGCCGUCUUGAACCAUGGGAGAAGAUUAUUCCAUCAUUCAAGUACAGCCCGGAGAUUCCAUACUUUGAUCUACUAGUGCCCACUGUGGACACGGUCAGAUAUGGAUUCCUGAUGGAGAAGCUGCUUGUUGUAAAUAGAUCCGUCAUGUUUACUGGUACGACAGGCGUUGGCAAGUCUGUGGUGGCGAAAGGACUGCUGACCGACAUAAGCGAUAAGGCGAACUAUGUUCCCAUCAUGAUGAACUUCUCUGCACAGACAAGCAGCCAACGAACUCAGGAAAUGAUUGAAGUCAAACUGGAAAAGAAAAGAAAAAACAUUUUAGGUGCACCGGCUGGAAAAAGAAUGAUCAUUUUUGUUGAUGACUUGAACAUGCCCAAGCUGGACACGUAUGGCGCCCAGCCUCCCAUAGAGUUACUCAGGCAGUACCAGGAUUUUCGUGGAUUUUACGACAGAGAGAAACUUUUCUGGAAGGAAAUUCAUGACAUGACCAUCUGCGCAGCCUGUGCUCCCCCUGGAGGGGGUAGAAAUCCAGUCACACCUCGUUUCCUACGUCACUUCAGUAUGUUCAGUAUUCCGUCGUCCGCCGAGCACACUCUGAAACAUAUCUUCAAGUCCAUUGUUAGCGGCUUUUUAGUUGACUUUCCUCAAGAUGUCAGGGGAUGUGCAGAUGCGAUUGUUGGGGCGAGUGUUGAGAUCUAUGUUCGUAUGAGUACAGACCUGUUGCCGACUCCUGCUAAAUCUCACUAUGUGUUCAACUUGAGAGAUUUAUCCAAAUGCAUUCAAGGUGUACUUCAGGCAGAUCCUGGAGUUAUUCGAGACGCUGGACAGAUUUUUCGCCUGUUCUGUCACGAGGCACAAAGAGUCUUUCACGAUCGUCUCAUUAACAAAGAAGACAAACGUUAUUUUAACGCCAUUAUGUCUGAAAUGGCACAGAAACACUUCUCGCAGAAUGUACAAGCUGAAAAAUUUGAGACGGCCCCUAUUCUGUUUGGAGACUUUAUGAAGAUGGGUGCAGACCCCUCUGACCGAAUCUACGAAGAGCUGGCUGAUAUCUCAAAAGUGAAAAAUCUUCUGGCUGAUUAUCUUGAUGACUACAAUAUGAACUCUUCCAAAGAAAUGAAGCUUGUGUUCUUUAUGGAUGCCAUAGAACACGUGUCAAGAAUCGCCCGAAUGGUUCGCCAGCCUCGCGGGAAUGCUCUGCUUGUUGGUGUAGGAGGAACAGGAAAACAGAGUCUUACCAGGUUGGCAUGUCAUAUGUCUGGCUACCUUUGCUUUCAAAUCGAGCUGACUCGUGGCUACGACUACUCCUCCUUCCGGGAAGAUCUUAAGAAACUGUACACGUCAGCUGGAGUGGAAGGAAAAAACACAGUUUUCUUAUUCACUGAUACUCAGAUCGUUGUUGAGGAGUUUCUGGAAGACAUCAAUAACAUCUUGAACUCUGGCGAGGUUCCAAACCUGUUUGAAGCGGAAGAGUAUGAACAAGUGCUGAAUGGAACCCGACCGCAUGCGAAGGACGCUGGUGUUCCUGAAGGCGACAGGGAUGCCGUGUUCAAUCACUUCAUCAGCCGUGUUCGGAAUAACCUUCAUGUGGUACUGUGCAUGAGUCCUGUGGGAGAUGCAUUCCGUACUCGCUGCCGUAUGUUCCCUUCUCUGGUUAAUUGUUGUACUAUUGACUGGUUUACCGAGUGGCCAAGGGAAGCUUUAUUGUCUGUCUCCAAGAACUUUUUCGAAGAAGUGGACUUGGGAGCAGGAGAUGUUAAGGAGAGAGUUGCCGAAAUGUGUGUUGAAAUUCACACCAGUGUUAGCUCUAUGGCGGACAGGUUUUACGCCGAACUGCGUCGUCGAUAUUACACAACCCCAACCAGUUACCUUGAGCUUAUAAACCUGUAUCUGUCCAUGUUAGAUGACAAACGAAGGCCCGACUGGGCAGCGGCAAAAUCUCUGCUGGGUGACGCCAAGUUUUUGACCAGGCUUAUGGAAUAUAAUAAGGACAAUAUCCCUGACUCUACUCUGAAGAAACUGAAAAAAUACAUCGACAACCCAAAGUUCACGCCAGAAAAUGUGGAGAAAGUUUCGAAGGCUUGCCGGUCCAUGGUGAUGUGGGUACGCGCUAUGGAUUUGUAUGCUCGGGUGUUCCGUACGGUGGAGCCAAAGAAAAAGAGACUUGCUGCUGCACAAGUGGAAUUAGAUGCUGUUAUGGCGACAUUAAAAGAAAAACAAGAUAGCCUGGCUGCGGUGGAAGAAAAGAUUGCAGAGCUUCAAGCAGCCUAUGACAAUAGUAUUGCUGAGAAGGAAACGCUGACAAAGAACAUCGCACAAACUGCGGCUCGUUUGAAGAGGGCAUCCAAGCUAACAACAGCCCUGGGAGAUGAACAGGGACGCUGGACAGAGAAUGUGGCGGCAUUUGAAUUAGAGAUUGGUAACGUGGUCGGAAAUGUUUUCGUGGCAGCAGCUUGUGUGGCUUACUUUGGUGCGUUUACAAGUCUCUACCGCCAGGAGCUGAUCUCAUCUUGGAUCCAACGCUGUAAAGAAUUGGAAAUUCCUGUGUCAGAUGACUUUAGUCUCAUCAAUGUGCUGGCCGAUCCUUUUGAAAUAAGACAGUGGAAUGCAGAUGGGCUUCCGAGGGAUUCGGUGUCAAUCGAGAACGCCAUUUUGGUGACCAGGGGCCGGCGAUGGCCUUUAAUGAUCGAUCCCCAGGAUCAGGCCAACCGUUGGAUCCGAGCAAAAGAAGCCAAGAAUGGUCUUAAAGUGAUCAAGCUUACCGACCAGAACUUCUUGCGUACCCUUGAGAACUGUAUCCGUAUUGGGAUGCCUGUGUUACUAGAGGAAGUCGGCGAGACACUGGACCCUGCUCUGGAACCAAUCUUACUGAAACAGACUUUUACACAGGGUGGACGUCUGUUGAUCCGUCUGGGUGACAGUGAUAUUGACUAUGACAAGAACUUCAAGUUUUAUAUGACAACUAAACUGGCCAAUCCUCAUUAUCUACCUGAAGUGUGCAUCAAAGUGACCAUUAUUAACUUCACUGUUACUAAGUCAGGCCUUGAAGAUCAGCUGCUCAGUGAUGUUGUUCGUCUGGAAAGACCAGAUCUGGAAGAUCAGAGAAAUCAGCUUAUUGUAAGAAUAAACUCCGACAAAAACCAACUUAAGGCCAUCGAGGACAGAAUCCUUAAACUUUUGUUUCACUCUGAAGGAAAUAUUCUUGAUGACGAAGUGCUUAUCAACACUCUCAAUGAAUCCAAGGUCACUUCUGGUGUGAUUAGCACUCGGCUGAAAGAGGCCGAGACGACUGAGGAGAAGAUAACAUUAGCGCGUGAGAAGUACCGCCCUGUGGCUACACGCGGCUCUGUCAUGUACUUUGUGGUAGCGAGCAUGGCCGAGGUGGACACCAUGUACCAAUACUCCCUCAAGUACUUUAAGCAGCUGUUCAACACUUGUAUCGAGAACAGCGAGAAGACAGAUGACUUGGACAAGCGACUUCAAAUUCUGCUCGCCAAUUGCACUAGUUCUGUUUACACUAACGUCGCACGGGGUUUGUUUGAAAAAGACAAGCUUGUGUUCUCGUUCAUGUUGUGCGGUGAGAUCAUGCGUCAAAGAGAAGACAUAUCAGACGACGAAUGGAAUUUUUUCCUCAGAGGAAGUGGAAGCUUAGACAAGGAACGUCCACCGAAGCCUGAUAUUGCCUGGCUAACAGAACAAACUUGGAACACUUGCUGUGAUCUAGAGGAUUCCCUACCGGCCUUUGGUGGCUUGAAACAGGAAAUAGUCAGCAAACCUGUCAUAGUCAAGAUUGGCUCGAUUGAGGCAUGCGCAAACUCUCCACUAUUAACGGCGGGUAAAGAGGACAGUGAUGGUAGAUCAACAGCAACAAGUGAAAGUACGGAGGCGACUGAAGAGGCAGAGGAACAAUCCAGUCUGGUUGAUCGCCUCUCGAGUUUUCAAAAAUUGGUAUUUAUCAAAGCAUUCAGGGAGGAGAAGGUGGUGUUUGCUGCCGUGGAUUUCGUUUGUGAGAACCUGGGCAAGACAUUUGUGGAGAGUCCGUCCAUAGACCUUAAUACUCUAUAUUCUGACGUAGGGCCAACCACGCCUCUCAUAUUCAUUCUUUCCACUGGCUCCGAUCCAAUGAACGCCUUCCUCAGAUUCGCCAGAGACAUGAGUUACAGCGAGAGGAUACAGGCAAUCUCGUUGGGUCAAGGACAAGGGCCCGUAGCAGAGAAAAUGAUCGCUAAUGCAACCAAGACAGGAGACUGGAUCUUCCUUCAGAAUUGUCAUCUCGCCGCCUCCUGGAUGUUGGCAAUGGAAACCCUUAUAAAGAAUCUAUCGUCACCAGAAGCGGAAGUGCACGAGGACUUCCGGUUGUUCUUGAGCUCCAUGCCAACAAAAAGUUUUCCAGUAACGGUUUUACAAAACAGUGUCAAAGUGACGAAUGAGCCUCCAAAAGGACUCAGAGCCAAUGCUAAGAGAGCAUUUGGAGAACUCAGCUCUGACUCUUUUGAAAACCAUAUUCUCGGCGUAACAUGGCGGAAGCUGGUGUUUGGAAUUUGUUUCUUUCAUGCCAUCAUUCAGGAACGGAAGAAGUUUGGUCCACUCGGUUGGAACAUCAAGUAUGAGUUUAACGACUCUGAUCGUGAAUCAGCGCUGGACAAUUUAAAGAUGUUCUUAGCAGAAGGACAGAUUCCAUGGGAUGCACUUACUUUUAUCACAGGAGAGACUGAUGAAAAAGGUCGAGUGAACUCACUCACCACUGUGCUUGGACAGGAAGUGGAUCGUUUUAACUCUCUUUUGAAAGUUAUCAAGACUUCUCUACAGCAGCUUCAGAAAGCCAUUAAGGGUUUGGUAGUAAUGUCACUGGAGUUGGACAAAGUUUACACAAACUUUUUGAACAAUCAGGUUCCAACAAUGUGGGCAAACGCUGCCUAUCCAUCAUUGAAACCCCUUGGUUCGUGGGUGAAGGAUUUGCUUCUCAGAUGCAUGUUUAUUGAACAAUGGAUUGAACGAGGGGCACCCAAGUCGUUUUGGAUCUCCGGUUUUUUCUAUCCUCAGGGUUUCCUGACCGGAACACUUCAAAACCACGCUCGCAAGUACAAUCAACCAAUUGACCAGCUGUCUUUCCACUAUAACGUUCUGCCUCACUAUCGCAGCCAAGAGGAAGUCAGCGAGGCGCGCGCUAAACUUGGCCCAGACGACACUCUGCCAAUGGAUGAGGAGAUAGAGUCUCCUGAGGACGGAGUACUGGUACACGGUUUAUUCAUAGACGCCGCUCGCUGGGAUGAUGACAAAAUGAUGCUGGGGGAUGCCUUGGAUGGCGAGAUGAACCCGCCGUGCCCUAUUCUGCACAUGGAACCCCGGAUGAACUACACACCAGAUCCUUCGCUGUAUACAUCUCCACUGUACAAAACUUCUGCUCGAGCUGGUGUGCUGUCCACUACAGGUCAUUCGACAAAUUUUGUGGUGGCGGUAUAUCUUCCUACAGACCUUUCCUCAGACUUCUGGAUUGAGAAGGGGACAGCUCUUUUGUGUCAGCUUAAUGAAUAGAAAAGCCAACAUUAUUUUGCAUUCUUGUAAAUAUGAUAGCAAUGCUCUCGAGUUGCUUAGCGUGAAUACUUUUUUCUUUGGUGUUGACAAAAAAACCUUAUAGCAAUGUGACUGUCAAUAUUUGCCAGUUCAUUCGUUUGUUUGUUUUUAGUCGCCAUUGACUCGCUUGAUGUUUCAUCAAAUCCCUGCGAUGUAGAGUAAAGGGACUUAUAUUUAUAUUUUACGCUUGCGAGGGUUGUGUAACUUUAAAAAGUGUGGUUUUAAGCAGUCAUUCGUACAUUAAAAGUUUUGGAGAGAGAGAAAAAAGUAUCACUCUUUUCGCUGCUCCUUCAGUUAAAGGCAAACUCAACCUCCCGCUGUGUCUUGGGUUUGGAAAACUGUUUCGAUUUCUGCCAAAACCCCUUGUGUUCAGAUGAUGCUGUGUAAACAAAGAAAAGCUCUGACUGUGAAUAUGUGAAAACCGUUUAAGUGAACUGCAGAUUGAUAUGUGAGUGAUCUUCGCAGCAAUGAACUCAAGCUUUAUUGUUACAGCUGCUUAAAGUUGCGUUCACGAAUGUGGAGAUCACCUCAUAUUAAAAGAAAAGUUCUGCACAUAUAAAUCUCGCGCAUCUGCGCGUAUUCUUUCAAUGAAAAAGAUAGACUACGAUAAAAUCAGUCUGUGUUCGUUGGCCCCACGAAUUGAUAAUUUCACCUUGUUUCCUUCGUAAAAUAGAUUUUUAAAACUAUUGAAUGCUCUUAGUACCCAGAAUUAAAAAAUGUGUUUUGCUUUCCAUAUGUAGAGGAAUCAAUUAGCAUCAACGUAAAGGCUGUAAGUAACAGCACUUGGUUUAAUCAUUGUUUGUCACCGAGUGGAUUCAAAGUGAUCGCUCGCUCAGAAUAGCGUGACAAAGAAGGUGGAACUCAUAUUUCUGAAUAUUAAAUUGAGCGCACGA